AUGGAUGAGAGUUCAUCGGUACUCUCGCAGUGCCGCGGCAAGGUCGGCUCAACCAUUAUUUCUAGGCUUGAGAGAUUAGCUGCUGAGCUGCCGGACACUCAUCUCCGCCAAAGAGCGAGCCAAGUAUUGGGCGCAGUGCAGCGGAUAAGCGAUUAUUCAGUGACAAUCAAUCACGGAGAUCUCAUCCCAUCUAAUAUUUUGGUUGACAAGAAUACCUGGAAGAUCACAGGCCUAGUGGAUUGGGCGGAGGCAGAGUACUUACCUUUCGGAACCUGUCUGUACGGACUCGAACAUCUUCUUGGAUAUAUCACUCCACCUGCCUCCGGUAUCGCACCUAUAUGGACAUACUUUGACGGUGCGGCACAGCUUCGUGAGUUGUUUUGGACGCGGUUAAUCGACGCCGUGCCGGAACUGGGGGCCCGAAUGGAAGAUGUAAGGGUGAUGAGAGAUUUAGGCGUGCUACUCUGGUAUGGUAUCGCUUGGGAUGAGGGUGCUAUCGAUCGCAUUGUUAAUGAGGUGGAUGAUGUGGAGGAGGUGACCGAACUUCGUGCUUUUCUAACUCCCAAAACUAUUCGAAAGGCGGGCGAUACUACUCAUGCCCUCAUUUCCAGUACUGAGAAGGUAAAGAAAGCUUCACUGCAGCGAGAGGUGCCUAGCACUCAUCCCAAAAUGGCGAUCUCCGGCACCAGCAGUGAGUGUGAUCUCAGUCUCACAUCUCCAAGCACUGGCGAAGUUCCAAAGCGACUCGCAACAAGCACUCCCAGGAAGAAACAAGGCUCGGUCGAUCCUGGUGAACGCACCGUCUCCUCUGCUCUCCGAAGGCUUGCACCGAAGCCUUUUGCAAACGUGAGCGGUAGCUGUCAAAACCCAAUCAUCGUUGAGGAGACUGCAUCACCGCCACGGCAAGCAGUACGAGCUCAGAAGCGCAAACCCAGACACAAGAAGCUGACAAAAACCCAUCAAUCAAUCGGCGAUGGGUAUAGAGACCUAUAUAGCUAUCACCCUUUUAGAACAGCAUUGACAGCCAUACCUCCGAGCGGCAGCACGUUCACUGGACAUCAGAGCCAUGACAUAUACCGCAUGAUGAACGCAAAGAUAACUGCGGCCCCAAAUGUCAGCCCGAACGCCGCGUGGGGCCGCCAUACUCUGAACGUACCUUUUGAAGUGCAAUACCCGCUCUCCUCGCAGGUUUUUAUGCAGCAGCAGAACGCGUCAGAAUAUUGGUCCCCGUACUCCCAGAACCAUCAGGCUCAAAUUCCUCCUAAUACUCAUGGGUACCCAACGGUUCCAUCUCAGAACGAAGACCUGCUCCGUAGGAGAGCCAUUCAUUAUAUCCAAGAGUACUCGCGGCAUUCACCGCUGAAGAGAUGGCUGUCUGACGCCGACCCUGACAAGACUAGCGGCGAUGAAGCCGAAGGACACGAGGAGCAUAUUAGACCGCAACCAAACUCUUCAACUGCUCAGUCGCAUUCCAUGCCACAAUCCACGAUACGUAAUAUUCGCUAUUCUAUCAAUCACAAGCCAACGACCCAUCAAGAUCCAGAUCCCAACCUCUUGGUCAGACAUCUCAUUGAGCAUACUUCACUCAUCACGUCGUUGCUACAGCUGUAUUCUCACUCCACCGAUCCUAAGGGCUUAAAGAAUGACAUAUCGAUGAUGUUUCAAGUACAGAAUCAGUAUGUGACUGACUGGAUGAAGGCUGAAUCACUUGACUCGCACAAGCGACGCAAGAUUGACGGUGACAGCACCGUCAGCCUGGAUGAUUGCCUACGGCCGAUCAUGACUUCUGCGACCAGAGCCCAGAACGAGAAAGACGACAUGUUGCGCCAGGUUCUUUCUGCUAAUGCUGAUAUGUGGCAAGAUGGUACAGGGCAUGGCGUUGCGGACGUAUUUGCGGUUGUACCUGCGUCGCCGCCACUCGUGAACAGUCUCAAUGGACGAACAGUCAGCUCUACGCUUGUACCUUCGAUUUCGACGGCACACGAUCUCCCUGUUCAGGAACAGAGCAGAACUACUGGCAGCUCCAUCACAACUCCAAUAAAUCCGAUCUCGAAUUCCACCACAGGAGCAGCACACUGGAAAGGUUUGUCUGUCACCUCCAACAUGGAGGAGAUACAGAUAAAAUCCGGAAGCCCAUCAGUUAGCCCAAAGGAUUACUCUAAGAGUUCGACCGACUUGAGCCACCUCUCAAGCGCUUCCAAAGACCCGGAAGCUCUUACUAGACUAUGCCUCAGGCAGCUCUCACAAUGA